AUGCAGGGCACAUACCUAAACAGAAUUAAAGCAAUAUACAGCAACCCAAUUGUAAACAUCAAAUUCAUCACUGAUCUACUGGCUAAGAUUAAAACCAUCUCUCUGAAGGGCUGUCUGGCUCAGAUAUUCUUCUCCCAUUUCUUUGGUGUUGUUGAAGUUAUUUUGCUAGUGGUUAUGGCCUAUGACCGCUACGUGGCCAUCUGCAAACCUCUUCAUUACAUGAACAUCAUGAGUCAUCAAGUGUGUCACAUGCUGGUGGCUGGUUCCUGGCUUGGGGGCCUCAUUCACUCCAUAAUCCAGAUCCUCAUCACCAUUCCAUUGCCCUUCUGUGGUCCCAAUCUGAUUGACCACUACUUCUGUGACCUGCAGCCAUUAUUUAAGCUUGCUUGUACUGACACCUUUAUGGAGGGGGUUAUUGUGAUGGCCAACAGUGGUCUAAUCUCUAUAAUCUCUCUCUUCAUCUUGGUGUCUUCCUAUGCUAUCAUCCUAAUCAGUUUAAGGAAGCAUUCUGCAGAGGGGAGACGCAAGGCCCUUUCCACCUGUGCCUCUCACAUCACAGUGGUCAUCCUGUUCUUUGGGCCUGGUGCAUUUAUUUAUAUGAGACCUUCCUCUACCUUCACUGAAGACAAGCUUGUGUCUGUGUUCUACACGGUCAUUACCCCCAUGCUGAACCCCAUUGUCUAUACACUAAGGAAUACAGAAAUGAAAAGUGCUAUACGAAUGUUCUGGAACCAAAAUCAUAAGUGA